AUGCCUGAAUCUGGAAAUGAGUUGCCCUUUAAGAUCACUAAACGUGCUUUUACUGAUCUAAUUAAAAAGGAUAGCAAGAAACCCAAUCGCCCUGUAUUUGCUAUUCCUAUAACUGUACAGGACAAACUGAAGCUGGCAUUGCCAGACAAAUAUGGUUCUUUAUUCUCUGAUGAGAAUAUUCCUCAUUCAUCCUCUUCCUCUGCUGAACCAACCUCUGGUCCUUCUCAACAAGGGCCAAUUGUAAAAUAUGAUCAACCACCAACCUCUGGUCCUUCCCAAAAAGGGCCAGUUGUAAAAUCUUCACCAACAAGAGUCCUCAGAUCUUCUAAGUCUCCCACAAAACCAUCUCCUCCACCAAGAAAAAGAAGAUUUCUUCAGAAAAUUUCUGAUUCUGACUCUGAAGAAGAAACCAUGAAAUCUCCACCAUCAGAAGAUCUUCAUCAGGCAUUGAUUCCCUUCUCUGACCAACCAGAGUCUGCAUAUCCAGUGCUAGUUGAGCCAAUUUCUGCUAUGCCUAUUGAAGAGCCUGGUACUACAGUUGACAUCCAAAUGUCAGAAACAUUACCUGAAUACCAAGCUCAAUCAGAUGUUCCUCUAGAACAAAUUACAGCUGAAGUGUUGCAGAUGAAUCAGGAAUCUCUGAUUCAAGUUCAAGAAACAGUUGCAGCUCCUGUUCAGGAGAUCUCUUAUGUUGCAAACUCUGAUGCAGCCACAAAAGCUCUGGCUUCUCAAACACUCAGCAUCUUUCUCAAUGAUGAUGAUGAUGACGAUACAGAGGUUACCUCUGUUCCAGCAAAAGUUUCAGCUUCUCUUACAACUCCAAUCUCUGAUCCAGUCAGAGAAUCUAAUCCAGUAAGAGAUGCUUCUCCAGUCCAUGAUCUAUCUCCAGUUAGAGAAUCCUCACCAAUCAUGACUCUUUCCACUGCUCCAGAUCUUCCAGUACAGCAUAUUGUCCCUCCUAAGAGCAAAGUCUGUCAACUGGCAUAUUUUCAAGGAAUGUGCACAGCUCAACCUCCAUCUAUGGAAGAUGGACUUUUCUCCAUUAAAGCUACUCAACGAUCCAUGCAGUCUACCUUGGCUGCUUUGAGCUCUUGUGUAGCUCAGCUGGUUAAAUUUCUCACCUCUGCUGAUGUCAAAAAAGAGGAGAAAAUACUGAAAGACAAAUGCUCAUCUGACCAGCCAAUGGAAAAGAAAAAGCCAGAUGGUGAUGAAGAUGGAAAUGAGAUUGCAGAUAAAAACUCUGGAAAACAAUGGUGA